CGGGAAAUGUUUGUCCGAUGGGCGCCAUAUUGGAGAACAACUAUUGUUAUAAAUUCAGUCGGGGCUGCUGCUGGCUGAGUUUACAUGUUUUUUGCGCUUUGUGUCUGAAAGUUUUUGGGAAUUACUGCCCAAGGUCAUGAAAGAGAUGUCAACGACUGGUAAUAGUACGCUUGGCGGGCAGCAGCCUCGGAAACAUUAUGGCAUUACGUCUUCAAUCAGUCUAGCCUUUCCCAGAGAUAUAGACCAUAUCUACACCCAGAAGCUCACGGAGGCUCUGAAACCAUUUGGCGUGUUUGAGGGCGAAAAUGAACUCAAUCACAGGCUUGCGGUUCUUGGGAAGCUGAAUUCAUUUGUGAAGGAGUGGAUUGCAGAGAUCAGUGAAUCAAAGAAUAUUCCAACAUCAGCAGUGGUGAAUGUUGGUGGCAAAAUCUUUACUUUUGGUUCAUAUAGGUUGGGAGUGCACACAAAAGGUGCUGAUAUAGAUGCUUUGUGUGUUGCCCCACGACAUGUUGAAAGAACUGACUUUUUUACAUCCUUCUUUGACAAGCUUAAACGGCAUGAAGAGAUUAAGGAUCUACGGGCAGUGGAAGAUGCAUUUGUACCAGUGAUCAAAUUCAAGUUUGAUGGCAUUGAGAUUGAUCUGCUGUUUGCAAGGCUUGCUUUGCAGUCCAUUCCUGAUAACUUGGACCUGAGAGGAGAUUCUCUCCUCAGAAACCUCGACAUCAGAUGCAUUCGCAGUCUAAACGGUUGUCGUGUUACUGAUGAGAUUCUGUAUUUGGUGCCCAAUAAAGAGAAUUUCAGAUUAACACUGAGAGCAAUUAAACUGUGGGCCAAGCGUCGUGGAAUCUAUUCUAACAUGCUAGGCUUUCUGGGUGGAGUUUCCUGGGCUAUGCUAGUUGCAAGGACAUGUCAGCUGUACCCAAAUGCUGUUGCUGCAACGCUAGUGCACAAGUUCUUUCUGGUCUUCUCUAAAUGGGAAUGGCCGAAGCCUGUACUUUUAAAACAACCUGAGGACAGUAAUUUGAAUCUACCAGUCUGGGACCCACGGGUGAAUCCAUUAGACAGGUACCAUCUGAUGCCAAUCAUCACUCCAGCAUAUCCACAGCAGAACUCCACAUACAACGUAUCCACUUCCACACGUACCAUCAUGAGUGAAGAGUUCAAAUAUGGUCUCACAGUUACAGAUGAAAUUCUUCUGGGUAAAGCUGACUGGUCAAAGUUGUUUGAACCUCCCAACUUUUUCCAGAAGUACAAGCAUUACAUCGUCCUCACUGCUAGUGCAUCCACUGAGGAAAACCACCUUGAAUGGGUUGGACUGGUGGAGUCAAAGAUAAGAGUGUUAGUUGGUAAUUUGGAGCGCAAUGAGUACAUCACUCUUGCCCAUGUGAACCCACAGUCUUUUCCUGGGUCAAAAGAGAACUGCAACGAGAAUGAAUUUGUGUCCAUGUGGUUUAUUGGAAUCAUCUUCAAAAAACUGGAUAAUUCAGACUGUGUGAAUAUUGACUUGACCUAUGACAUACAGUCCUUCACAGAUACUGUUUAUAGACAGGCUAGCAACAUCAACAUGCUGAAGGAUGGCAUGACCAUUGAGGCCACACAUGUGAAAAAGAAACAACUGCACCAAUAUCUGCCUGCUGAACUUGUGCAGAGAAAGAAAAAGAGUUUGGGAGACAUAAGCCGGAGUUCAAACGGUGGUGGGUCGAAGCGCUGCUCUUUGGAUGGCAGUCAACUGGACAGCUCCACGGACACAGUCACUCCGUUCAGCUCACCAACACCAGUUAGCAAACCAUGCCAGCCGACCUCUACACCUGAAGACAGUAGUUCCAGUCCGACCCAGCCUCCAGUCCUUGUAUUUAUGGAUGGCUCCCCACCAUCAGAAUCGUCACCAAAACCAGAAAUGGGAAUGUCCAUUCCGGUCAUUGGCUCUAAGCCUAUUGCCACUUCAGUCUCCAAGCCUGCAGAACCUCCCGCUGGCAACACCAUUCCCACAGUGGUGGGCCGCAGUGUCAUACCACGCAUGACCUCCCCCACCCCUACUGAAAUGGCCAACAGCCUCAAUGGAGCUGCACCAAAGAGACCUCACUCUCCAUCUCUAGAGGAGCCACCGAAGAGACACAAAGAUACAGAGAUGGAGUGUUCCGAUGACUCUGCGUUUAAAGAGCCAUACCCUGUGACUAGCAAUGGCCUGGAUAGAGAUGGGUCAACAGUGGAGGAUCAUGCAGCAACAAAGCCUAUGCCAAUACCAACAAUUGAUACAUCAAGAACACAGAGACUACCCAGUAAAGAGCUUCCAGAUGCAUCUUCCCCUAUCCCUACAAGCAACCUCCGUGUGAUUAAAAACUCUAUCAGACUCACACUUAACCGAUAACAGUGAGCUCUCUUCAGGUAACAUUGAUUGUUGCUUUUGCUGCCACUCACGGUUUCCCUUUAAAUGUCUCCCCCCUCUUUUUGUACAUCUGUCUGCACAGGUUGUCACUUAAAGAGUGGAACCACCAUUGUAACAGCAGUGCUGCUUUUAAACUCUGCUACUGAUAUUCGGCCGGUCUUCCUGUUUGUUACAAAAGUAUCAGUGUAAAGUGUUGGAGUAUUGAUGGUUUCAAAAAGUUUUUUAAUGCCUUACUGUAUCAGAAUGCUUGCUUGGUAAACCUCUAUUUGAGCUUUUGAAACAGAUUGUACAGCAGAUGUGGUUUGUAUAUAACUUUAAAACCAUUGUUAGUCUUUCUAUCUCACCUUAAUGUAGUUUUUAAUAACAAAAAAGUAAAAAAAAAUGAGUCCUGUUUGUCACUGUAAAUGACAUGUUUAUUGUUUGUAGGUGUUCCCUGCAAUCUUUUGUAAUCACUGUAUUGGUUCUGGUACAGUUUCUGGGAGGACCUUUUGUUUGGGGUGCGUGUGUGCGAGAGAAUGACCAGCAUUAGUAACCUAUAACCAUGACCUGUCACAGUCAACUCUGCUACCACUCCAUAGUUCUGUUAUCAAUUCAAAACAAAAGAACAGUGUUAGAUCUGGGGUUGGGGAUAGUUUAUUUGGCCUCUAUUUCAAGGCAGGUUUGAUUUUUCUACGACUUCAAUAUUUGCUGAAUGAUUCUAGAGUGAGUGUUGGGUGUUUUGUGUGCAUGUGCAUGAUUGUAAUUCCCUGCAUCUAGGGCAUCACCCCUGCACCUCCCAUGGAGGUCUGUAUGGCAGUCUCUCCUGAACUUCAAGAACAGAGACCAAAUGAGAUUGCUGCCCUUUUUCCAUGUGUUCCUCUUUACAUUUUCUUUAUUCUCCACAAGCCACUUUCCUACCCUUUCGGGGUGUACAUAAGUAUGUGGAUUUAACGAAAAACAUUGGCUUACUAUUCAUUUGGGGUUUCUUAACAUUUUAUUUAUUUGUACCAUUGUAAUUUUUAUAUUACUGGCCUUGCAGCUGGAUUUUUUUCAAGACAUUAAUUACAUUGGUCAGAGUUUGAUUGUUGUUGUCUUUAGGACAACUUGACACAGAAAAUCUAUUUGUCAUUCUCUCUUUUUUUUCUCUCUCUUUUUU